CUAUUUUGACUAUACUUUGCGUAAGAAGAGAGCGAAAGAGAGAAGAAUGGGAUCGUAUCUUUCGAGUUUUCUAGGCGGUGGUGAGGCGCAGGCGGCAACGGAAGAGUCAGGAUCGCCGUCACGUGUGAUUGCUUUUCAUUCCUCCAAUCGCUGGCAACUUCACUUCAACUCCUCCAAGCAAUUAAAUAAACUCAUAGUUGUGGAUUUUGCGGCUGCAUGGUGUGGACCUUGCAAGUUCAUGGAACCGGCUAUUAACGCCAUGUCUUCUAAGUAUCCCGACGUUGACUUCGUCAAAAUUGACGUCGAUGAGCUCAAGGAUGUAGCACAAGAGUUCGGAGUUGAAGCUAUGCCGACAUUUUUGCUACUGAAGCAAGGCAAGGAAGUAGAGAGAGUGGUUGGGGCUAAGAAAGAUGAGCUCGAGCAAAAGAUUCUCAAGCACAGGGAAGCCCCUAAAUAUGCUGCCUAGUUUUUAUCUUACAUCCUCUUGAUAAUAUCGGAGCUCUGAAUUUUAUAUCCAAUAAGUUGCAAAAAAGCAUACAUUAUUACCAUACUCUGAUGUGAUUUGACUAUGGUGGACCUUGUCAAGUCUUUUUCAUUUCUCUGUACUUAAGUUUCUAAUUGCGAACUCAUGAUCUGUUAUUCUGCUUUAAAAUGCAAGAACAUUGGAGUUCA